AUUGCGGCUUUCUAGCGGAGGGGGCGUGGCCUUUCCUAAUGUAAUGAGUCGAAGUCCGAGAGAGAGAAGUGGGUCGGCUGAAGGCAAGGCUUCUAUAUCCGCUAAGAGCUUGGCAGGGUCCCUCGCGAAGAGACUGAAACGUGCGACACUGAAAGGUCGACAUGGCAGCAGGCAGACAUAUAAUGAGAGCUGUCAGAGUGUUUGAAUUUGGAGGCCCUGAAGUGCUUAAGCUGCAAGGAGAUGCUCCAUUCCCAAUUCUAAAAGAGAAUCAGGUUCUCAUUAAAGUUCAUGCAUGUGGCAUCAACCCAGUGGACACCUAUAUUCGUUCUGGGACUUACACAAGAAAACCAUCUUUGCCAUACACACCUGGUUUAGAUGUAUCCGGAGUAGUAACAGGAGUUGGGGAAAAUGUAACUUCUUUCAAGAAAGGAGACAGGGUUUUUACCCAUAAUACUGUUUCUGGAGGUUAUGCUGACUAUGCUGUUGCAUCAGUUGACUCAGUGUUUCCCUUGUCUGAUAAAUUGGACUUCAAGCAAGGUGCUGCAAUUGGAAUUCCAUAUUUUACUGCAUACCAUGCUCUCUUUCAAAAAGGUUCUGCUAAAGCAGGAGAAACUGUGUUAAUCCAUGGAGCAAGUGGAGGGGUUGGAAUAGCAGCCUGUCAGAUUGCAAGAGCUUAUGGCUUGAAAGUUGUGGGCACAGCUGGAACUGAGGAAGGAAUGGACCUAAUUAAGAAAAAUGGAGCCCAUCUUGUAUUUAAUCACAGGGAUAUGGAUUACAUGACUCAGCUUAAGAACCUAGCUGAUCACCAUAAUAUAGAUGUGAUAGUCGAGAUGUUGGCUAAUGUCAACCUUGCCAAUGACUUGAAACUCCUGGGAAAUAAAGGAAGAGUGAUGAUUGUGGGUUGUCGAGGAUUGAUUGAGAUAAAUCCUAGAGAAACUAUGGCUAAAGAAACAAGUAUCAGAGGAAUUUCUUUAUUCUCUGCAUCUAAGGAGGAGAUAUGCGAAUGUGCAGCAGUUGUUCUUGCAGGCAUAGAAGUUGGCUGGCUGAAACCAGUCGUAGGCCGUGAAUAUCCACUGGAGAAGGUAGCAGAGGCACACAAAGACAUAAUUCACAACCAAGGUGCUUUGGGGAAAAUGGUGCUUCUUGUGUGAGGAAUUACUGCUGAUGCACUUAUCAGUUUAACCAUAGAAAUGCUACCAGUCUUUAUGUAUCACAUUUGUACUACACAGAAUAUGAUUCAGAUAUAUGUAACAACUAAUGUGAUGAAAUGAUUUAGGUAAGAUACAUUAAAUAUUUCAAAUUUGAAAUGAA